AUGGUCAUCCUCACCACCUGUGCUUUGGCCAUGUCGCCAUCCUCACCCUCUUCCCCAUCUAGUCUCAGCUUUGUGCAUGCUCAAAGGCAGCAGGUGUCAUCUUCACAAUGUCAGCAUGCUUCUAGGUGUGUCCCAAGCAGACCCAGUUGGACAGCUUUAUCAGCCACAUAUUCGCCUGCUGGUCCGGGUGAGGAGUGGACGCCCGAACAGGAACAACUUGUCAUGGAACAAGUUCUUGGUAGAGUACCUGCCGCCAGCAAGGAAACAACUUCAUUAUCUGCUGAGUUUGCCCCUCAAUGCGUCAAUUUUGAUGCACUGAGCAGGUGCAGUCCAUUUAUGCUUAAAUGGCCCUAG